GCAGCUCAUGUGCGCUCUCCUCAUUCAAGUGUCCAACUUUUGUCGAGGCGGUCAUACAAAACGGCAGUUCGUACGCUAGUUCGCUUCGCUUUUGGCCUCUCGUCUCGUCUGUGUUCAAUUCACAGUUCGUUCGCUCGCUUGCGUUGUCUGUUCAAAGAACGGUGGUGGUGUAGAGUGGAGAGUGGAGAGGGCAAGGAAGGCGCACUGUUUUUCGUGGUCGUCGUGGUUUUUGCCGUCAACGGUCAAUAACGCGCCCACACGCCUAUAAAAAGAUUUCUGCUGCUCGUUCGUGACUCAAAGUUAGUGCGUGAGUUUGCUCGUGCUCCCUAUCGUGCGUGUGAGAAAACAAUAAGCGAAAGAGAGGGAGACAGCGGUUAAGCCAUGAAGGAAAUGAAAGUGGCGCGAGCGAUUAGUGAAUCCUCGACCACAUCCGAUAACACAUCCGAUUUCAUUGAUAUCGUGAAGAAGUACGAUGUUGUCUACAACAAUCACAAUCCCGAUUACAAGAAUGUGGAGGUGAAGAUGAAGGUGUGGACCCAAAUAGCGGAUGAGAUUGGAUUAUCAGUGGAAGCAUCAAAGCGAAAAUGGAAGAAUUUGCGCGACAGCUACACAAAGUAUCUACGCUCCUUUCGCGUUGGCACCAAGACAUCUAAGAAAUAUCAAUAUUGGGCACACGCUGAUCACAUGGAGUUUCUGAAGCCCUUCCAAGGACCUGGCAGAAAUUCGGUGAAUGGAAAUGGCAAAUCGAACGAUGAGGACGACACAGAGUGCGACUUUGGCUACCAAGUGCUGGCCAAGGCGGCCAGUAAUGGGGGUGAAGAUGACCUGAAGAUUACGAUUGCAACGCCAGGAGCAACAGCCACAGCAUCGACAUCAGCCCUGAGCACACAGACGGUCAACAGCUACACGACUCCCAUACUCACACCCAGUGUCGCUGCCACGCCGCCAAAUCUCAUCUCGCCCGGCAGCACGGUCGGCGCUCCCCUCCAGAGUCACAACAGCAACAGCAACAGCAAUGGAAGCAACUGCGCCACUGUGGCACCACUAACCCUUAACGCAGCUAUGUCGCCACCAGCUAGCUGCAGCAAUUCCAAUGGCGCUGUGCUUCCCCUGCCACCGCUGCCACUUUCAGCUGCCGGCAAGGCCUCCGUUUCAGCUGCAGCUGCUGCUGCGGCGGCAGCAGCGAAUGUAAAUGCUGCCGCACUUGCCACACUCGCCAGUCUGCCCAUGGGUAUCAGUGGAUUGCCCGCUGCGGCUGCCGCUCAAAUGUUUCCGCUGGCCACGCUAAAAGCAGCCGCAGCAGCCGCCGGUUUGCCGUUGCCCUCUACGGCGUCGCUAACACCCAGCAGCAGCAGCAGCGGAGGAGGCAGCACUAGUAAUGUGGGCUGCUUGAUUAUUGAGCCUCACUUGUUUGCGGCCGCCGACAAUUUUAAGAAGGAACUGAAUGCGGCAGCCGCAGCUGGUGCUCCACUCGGUCUCUUCCAGAAUCUGGCGAAUCGUGCUCAUUGUCUGAAUGGAGGAAGUGGCAAUGGAUCCGCAAUUGGCCUGAACAAUCCAACACCGCCGCCUCCGCCACCACCGAGUUCCAAGAUCAGACGUGUGCAGCCAUCGCCACAGACGACAGCCAUAAAUCUAAGCUGUUCUGCCUCAGCAUCAGCGUCGGGCAACGCUGCCAACAACUGCUCGCAGCCUUCGCCAGCGAAGACGCGCAAGAUGAGCGAUCCGCGGUUCCCGAAUGAUUGGGAUGUGUCCGCAGUGCUGCAGGCCAAUAAGGAGCUGGACGCGAAUACUCUGUUCUUCUUGAGUCUUGCUCGACAGGUGCGCGCCAUGCCCAUGAAGUUCCAGUCGCUGGCCAAGAUGCGUUGCAUGCGCAUCGUCAGUGACAUUGAGCUAGAACUGGAGAACUUUGACUGUAAUGGUGUGACGCCGCCAGAAGAGUCCUCGGGCAGCACGGCUAAUCUCAAGUACUGCACAGACACGCCGCCUCCACCGCCGGUACAAGAUGGCACUGCGCUGAUAACCACAGCGCCGAUGGCAGCCGAGGGAUCCAUGGAGCAUUUUGUGUACGUGAUGUCGCCGUCGCGGGUGGAGAGCAUGAUUGACAUUUCAUCCGACGAGGAGAGCAAUAUGAAUGGUGGAUUAGGUGCAGCUGUGGCUGCUGCUGCAGCAGCUGGAGUUAACACAGCUGCAACGGGAGCUGUGCAUUGAAAAGGAGCUUACACUCAUUGUAUUAUUGGUUAAAUUUAAGCUUAUUUUGUAAUAUUAGAGUUGCAUUAAAAUGCAGUUUGUCGUGGAA